AUGGCAGAUCCUUGUCCCAAAUGCACGGUGUGCGGCAUACCGAUGGUGCAGCGCAACAAUCGCCUCACUCACGAGCCCUUUUGGGGUUGCAGGCGAUUCCCAGCCUGUCGCACCACGCUCCCGUACACCUACGAUCAUCGCCCGACCAAGGAGGUGCAGAAAGAGCUCAAGGCUGCCGCGAUGGUCAAGAGUCAAGAUCAAGGAGGAGAAGAACUUCCUGCCGAAGGAAAGAACGAAGAACCGCAGGAGCCCACCACAGGGAAGCGCACCGGUCUCCUCAGAUCAAUCCUGGGGCAAGGGACAUGGAAACAGUUCCGACGAGAAGUGAAGCACGAACCUUUGCCCAGUGAGCUUCAGCCUGCAGCCGAGGGUGAUGCAGUAGAUUCUCCACGGGAGCCUCUAAGUCCGGACCAGGUUCGUAAUAGGAUUCAGGAGGGCUGUGAGCGUAGGCGCCAGUUGAAGAAAGGUGUCGCAAAGAGGCUCCUAGGAAACGCUCGGGCCAUAGUGGCUGGAGUGUUUAUCGCGACCGCUGCAUUAGCGGGUGCGGCGGCAGAAGCAGUACCAUAUGCUUCCCGGAUCCGGCCGGAUGUGGUUGAGGUCGGGUCAUCUGAAGUUUGUUUUGCACAAUCUUUCUCUCGUUGGGGUUGGCGGUCAAAGCAAUGUGAGCAAUUGGCUGGUGACCUUGCCCAAGCGGAGAACCGGGAGGCUGUCAUAGACUGGGUGGAUCGAGUUUGUCCCCGUCUCGUCAUACUGAAUGGUUGCUGUCCCACCGAGCCUAGAAGUGAACAGGCGGAAGCAGCUGGGGAAGAACAGGCACGCGGAUCUCAGGAGCCUACUCAAAGAGUGCGAGCAAAACUUGCUUCGGGCGGUAUCACGUUUGAGGUCCCUGCUGGGAGGCGCCUCAGUGAGGCGAUACGCCAUGGGCUGAUCAAAGCCCACUGUAACCUGGGACACCCCAGCAAGGAAGACUUCGCGAGAUUUCUGAAGCUAGGUGGAGCUCGUAAAGAGGUUGUUGAAGCUGUCAGUUGGAUGAGGUGUGUUACCUGUGCUCAUGCGAGGCGUCCCAGUACACACCGCACCACGAAUAUGCCACCAUGUCAGCUUGAGUUUGGGGACGAGGUCCAGUUGGAUUGUCUGUGUAUCAGAGAUGCGAACAAGGAGAAUUUCUGGUUCUUGUCUAUCCUCGAUCGAGCUACGUCAUACCACGUUCUGGAAAUGUUGAGGGAUCAUUCUCCUCUUGAGCUUCAUCGAGCCUUUGAUAGGGGAUGGAGCAAGUGGGCUGGGGUUCCUUCACGUGUGACUACCGAUCUUGAGGGAGGGUUCAUUGGACCAGAUUUCUGGACGAAGGUGUCACAAUCCGGCAGCAGCCUUGUUUCGAUAGCUGGCACCGCACAUUUCCAGGCCGGCAAGAUAGAACGACAUAACUCCACUAUCAAAGAUAUGCUAUUUGCCACCAUCAGGCAAACUGCUACGGUGGGGCGUGAAGACAUGAGGAAGCUUGCCAGGGAAGUUGCAUGUGCCAAGAAUUCUCUUGUGAGAGAACAUGGCUGGGCGCCAGUAGCUUUGGUUUUUGGAAGGGAACCUCGGGUGUUUGGAGAAAUGUACCAUCAAGGGAAUCCUACGGCCUACCAUCCUUCGGUGGGAGAGAAAGGUAGCGACGUAGCAAGCCGCAUGAGGUUCCGGUACCAUGCCAAGAUGGAGUUUGUUCGAAGCCAGGCGAGACAGAUGCUCCUCCGGACAGCUCAUAAUAGGACUCGCAAGUUGCCCGUUCCGAAGAUAGGUCAGAUGGUCUUCUUUUGGCGAGCUGAGAAGAGUAAGAAGGGUGACAGUCAGAGUAAGUGGGUUGGUCCGGGUUAUGUGGUUGGACUUCAGGAUGGCAAUGCUUGGGUCGCGAUAGGGGGCAGGUGCUUUCUAGUGGCAGGAGAGCAUCUACGAGAAGCCGUCGGCGACGAAAAGCAAUAUGGGAAUCCCGAGGUUCAGAAAGCCAUCGCACUAUUCCGGAAAGUACCUAAGGAGGCCACAUAUGAAGAUCUUAUUGGACAACCAGAUCCUGAAGGGGAGCCUAUGGACCUCGAACAGCAGCCAUUGUGUCAGGAGGUUGCUGAUGAACUCAUGACUGAUGAGAGAAGCCUGGACACCGAGGGUUUGAGUGAUGAACAUGCGCGGAUGUCAGGACAGGUCGGUUGGCAUGUGGACAACAGUGGCAGUCCGGUUCUAGUGUCAUACAAGGCCUGGGCAUUCAGAACUCCUGAACCGAGGUAUCCAGGUGAGCGUUUUCCGUAUCGUACGUCAUGGGUUCAUGUGGAUGGCCGAUGGGAGUGUGUUGAGAAUGAAGUGAAAUGGAUGGAGCUUGAAGAUCAACAUCAAUUCAUCCCGCAGGCUCCCGUGGCAGGACUGAUCACGAUCUUUCGGAACCGCACUCGAAAGGAUGCGGCUCUGGACGACGUUCCGCUGAGUGUCAAGCGUAGAAGACAACAACCUCCUUCACAACAGGUUCAUGUGGCAAAUGUGGGAAGCCAGAGUAAGACCAAAUUGAAGCGCAUGCUUGAAAAGGAAAUCCCAUAUGUCACCAUUCCUGAGAAAGAUCGAGAUUUGUACAAACAAGCGGAAGAGAAAGAAUGGAAGUCAUGGCAGGAAUAUGAGAGUUGCGAAAUACUGAGCUUAGAAGAGAGUCAGCGUCUUGAGAGAGAAAGGCCUGAGAGGAUUCUUCCGAGUCGGUAUGUAUUUCGCAACAAGAAUGCCGGUUUGCUUGAGGCCAGUGGGAAAGAGUUACCUGUGAAAGCAAAGGCUCGAUUAUGCUUGCAGGGGCAUUUGUGUCCUGAUAGUCGUACUGGGCAAAUUCAGGUUGACAGUCCGACGGUUGAACGGGUGUCCACUAUGGUGUUCCUUCAUAUGGUCACGAGCCUAGGCUGGACAAGUAACUGGUUCAUUGGCGACAUUUCGAAUGCCUUCCUCCAAGGAGCUCCUCUGUCUGGGAAGCCGGACAUGUUCAUGAGACAGCCCAAACAAGGUCUGAGUGGAAUGAAGCCAGGACAACUUCUUAAGUUACUCAAACCUGUGUACGGCAGACCAGACGCACCACGUGCCUGGUACAACGAGCUUGCCAGGAUCCUUGAAGAAGAGAUGGGAUUCAGUAAAUGCAAGACUGACCCUGCCAUGUUUGCUCUGCGAGAUCAACAAGGGAAUCUUCAAGGGUUGAUGGUGGUUCAUGUCGAUGAUGUGAUGUUCUGUCACAAUGGUGGUGAAGCUGGGAGACAAGUAGAGAAGAAGCUGACCGAUCGUUUUCCGUUUGGGACAUGGAUGAAAGUCUGUGAGCAAGAAAGCGGGGUGACGUAUUGUGGCAAAGAGAUUAAGGUCAUCAACAAGGACGGCGAGACUUGUGUCACGCUUGCUCAGAAUGCUUUCAUUGAUGGCCGACUUCAAACGAUGAAGAUUGAUUCGUCACGACUCCGCGAGCCGGAUGCCAGGGCCAAUCCAACUGAGGUGACGGAUUAUAGGUCGAUCACGGGAAGCUUGCAAUGGUUGGCAGUUCAGUCCAGGCCCGACAUUGCUUUCGAAUGUAACCAGCUUCAGAAGAGGAUUUCGGACCUUCGAGUAUCCGACUUGAUCAGGGCCAACAAGGCCGUUCGGGAAGUUUCAAAACAUCGGACUGAGAUCCUCUUCAAGCCAUUAGGGCAUGAUGCGGAACUCGUGACUUAUCAUGACGCGGGUCUUUACAGUAGCGUGGGAGUUGAGAUUGAUGAGAAACAGUGUGAAGAUAUCCUCCAGAGUCAUUUGGACAAGCGUUUGAUUUAUUCCCAGAAGGGCGCUUGCAUUGGUUUCGUGAAGAAAGGGGCUAUCGAGCAGGAGGGUAGGGUUCACCUCAAUCUCAUUGACUGGAAGAGCGCCACGAAUCGUCGAGUCAUUGAGUCGUCGUUCGCCGCCGAGACCCACGCCGCUAUCAUGGGGCACAACAUGUCUAGGUUCGCCCAAGUCUUGUUGUGUGAGCUGAAGUACGGGUCAAAAGUCAUGUCCGCGGUCGAAGAUGACGGAUGGCAGCAGCUGGUUCCGCUCACUAUGGUCACCGACUGUAAAAGCAUUUACGACACCAUUCAUAAAGACGGCCAACACGUGGGAGAGAAAGGAAACAUUGUGCAUGCUGUGUUGCUUCGCCAACUGCUGACGACAAGGGAUCAGCAUGAGCAACCAGGCAAGGCGAAGCUGUUAUGGGUUCCCACUAGAUGCCAGCUGGCGGACGGUUUGACUAAGGCUCAUAGGGGAUCUGAUCUACGAGAACAGCUUUGCGAUGGGUUGCUGUUUCACGAAAAAGCACUCAAGAAACGUGCCAGUACAGUCAGGCCAACAGGUCAGAGAGAGGGUUAUACCGGUGUGAAAGUGCUGUAG